CUCAUAUGGUUUUGUGUCUCUGGGUCCGUCUCUUUAUUUUUCCCCCCGGCUGUCAUUGACGCUGUUUGUGCGACCCACGUACAAAUUUCAGAUCGACUACCAUGCUUCUCAUAGAAGAAAAGUAUAGAUCAGUUGCACAGAGCUUCCUGUCUUCAGGCACAUGCCCACGUUGUGUCCUUCGCUUCUGCUGUGUUGCAUUUCCAGGUCCAUAUCGGCUUCCGUACCAGGACCUGGUUUGUGAGCUGCAGAAGUGUCUGAAUGCUUCCAAUGACAAUAACAGUGGUUUCCCACCAAGCAAGAAACUCAGGCUUGAGGUAACAAAUGAUUGUGAACACGAAGGUGAAAGCGAAGCAGUGAAAAACCCACAGGCAGAGAUGGAGAAUGACUCUCAGUUUACAAGAACCUGUAACCUGUGCUUAGGGAUUCUCCAACACCUUUGUGACUCUCAGUUUAUAAACAAGAUAUUCCAGAAGAUAAACUCUGCGGGGUUUGAGUUCAAAGACUUUGUUUUCUCAAUGUCUCUGCCAGCACAGCUAUCUGUCAGAGAGCAUUCAGCUUGGCUUGAGGCAAAACAGGAAAUGGGAAAGCAAGGACAUUGUCUGGAUAAAGCUGACGUUGUUCAACUGAAGGAAGCAUACAAAUGGAUUAUCCAUCCUUUAAUAUCAGAUGAACUGGGUGUGCCCGCUGAGAGCAAGAGCUUAUUUGAAGUGUCUGUGAUGUUUGCUCACACAGAAACAGAUGGGGACUGCCACUUCCUGGCCACCGUAUGCAAAGACUGUUUCAAACCUACGAAGACUAAACCGAAUGUUUUUACCAGAAUGGCGGUUGCAAAGGCUUUAGACAAGAUAAAGGAAGAAGAUUUUAGAGUCAACGUUUCAUUUCCACCAAGUUCUCCACAGACCACCUGUGACGUUGUGGAACUUCAGUGCAGUCAUGCUUCUGUGUUUGUUGCUGGGAGAUAUAAUAAAUACUCCAGAAAUUUAUCACAGACACCGUGGAUUAUUGAUGGAGAGAGGAAGAUGGAAUCUUCUGUGGAGGAGCUAAUAACUGAACACCUUAUUGCAGUAUUUAAAGCAGACAGUUUUAACUUUUCAUCAUCUGGAAGAGAAGACGUGGAUGUUAGAACUCUUGGAAAAGGAAGACCUUUUGCAGUCGAAAUUAUAAACCCUCACAAAGUGCAACUAACUGUGGAGGACAUGAGGGAGCUACAGCAGAAAAUAAACACUUCUGAUAAAAUCAAAGUCCGGGACUUACAGAUUGUCACCAGGGAAGCAGUGGGACACAUGAAAGAAGGGGAAGAAGAGAAGACGAAGAGCUAUAGUGCCCUGAUAUGGACUGAAAAAUCUGUUCAGGAGGAGGAACUUGAGCUGCUGAACCAAAUACAGGAGCUGAAUAUACUACAGAAAACUCCUCUACGGGUUCUUCACAGACGUCCACUAGCUUCAAGACCUCGCAUGAUCCACACCAUGAAAACUGAAUAUGUGGAUGAGCAUCACUACUUCCAUUACAUAAAGGAGUUUGCACAUGGAGACUUUGGGAGGACAAAUCCAAACAUUGGUUCGAUAAUGAAAACUACUGCAGAUAUCCUUGAGCUGGAUGUGGAGUCAGUUGAUGUUGACUGGCCACCAGCUCUGGAUAACUGAUCAUCAAUGUGCCCAGUGAAAUACAGAAGUGGGAUAAAUGACUACUUUAGAUCAUGUUGAUCUUUUAGUUUGUUGAUAUACUUUUUUUUUCUUCAAGAUGAGUAUCUGAUAGGGUAUAUCAGAUUAAGUUUUCUAGCAAAUGUCUUAUGCAAAGGAAAAAUUACAAUUUCUAGUGUGAGUCCAAUAAAUAUUAACCUAGAUAUGUUCUUUGUAUCAUACAAAGUUUUUUCCCCUCUUUAAAUCAAUGUUUGUUUCACCCUGACAUUUGUAAUGAAACAUGCUAUUUUGUUUUAUAAUAAAAAACACUUCUGAUAUCA